AUGUGUUUGGUGGUACUAGAGUAAAUUGUGCGUGGGACAUGGCGAAAAUAAAUACGAUAACCUUCGAGGAGGCUUUGUCUAUGACAGGUCUCGGCAAGUUUAAUCUGAUAAUGUUUUUGCUAAGUGUGCUGGUGGUGACUGGGAUGGCAUUCGAGGUGUUUUCAGUGUCAUAUCUGGUACCGGCUAGUGCCUGCGAGCUUAACACCACCGUGUUUCAGCAAGGCUUGAUAGCUGGGAUGCCUUUGAUUGGUAUAAUUGCAACUUCUCACAUAUGGGGCUACCUAGCUGAUACAAAAGGUCGGCGGAAAACUCUUUUCUGGUCUAUGAUAUUUGGAUUCUGCGCAGGAUUUCUUGCUACUUUCUCAAUGAAUUGGAUCGUUCUAGCUGUACUUAAAUUUAUAUCAUCGGCUGGUCUAGCUGGUUGUUACCCUUUAGUAAUUACGUUGCUCGGAGAAACAACACCACAGAACAAGAGAUCGGUCAUUAUAGCUUUCCUUAACACGCAGUUAUUUUUGGGAUCAGGAAUUAUGGCUCUAUUGUCGAUACCCGUUUUGCGGUUGAAUUUCUCUUACUAUGUCCCCUUUUUGGGGAUAUCCAUGGAGUCUUGGAGGCUUUUGAACUUCCUCUUCUGCUUACCGUGUGCCCUCAGUGCAAUAAGCGUCUUCUUCGUUUACGAAAGCCCUAGAUACCUGUUAAAGGAGGGAAAAGAUGACGAGGCCCUUAACGUGCUGAGAGCCAUAUUUGUGAUCAACACUGGAAAGAGCCAGGAUGAGUAUGAAGUCCAAUCCGUGACACUGAAUGAAGAUGGCGCCCACGCAAAAUGUGACAGUUUGUGGGCUUCUUUCGCUUCGCAAACGAUUCCAAUGUUUAAACCGCCUCUACUGAAAAGUACAUUGCUUCUUUCGACGUUAUUUGUUAUAGCUUAUGUUGGAAUGCAGCCAUUCGUGAUAUGGAUGCCAUUCAUUGCGGAUGCAUUUAUGCGAUCUCUAGAGUCGGGUGAGAAGAGUCUCACCUUCUGUGAAAUGUUAAGAUAUUCACAGAAUCAAACCGUGACUGAGAGCAAGGAUUGCAGUUUGAAUGUCGUUGCUAUGACAUCCGUGUUUUGUGUAAGUUUGUUCUUGGCGAUCGCAAAUUCCAUCUUUAGUACCAGUGUUAAUCUUUUCGGGAAGAAGCGGCUGUUGAUUGGAUUUAUGAUGAUGUCCGGGACGUGUGCGAUUUGUAUUAACUUCUUGCAUAAUUAUAUCAUUAGUGGUAUUCUUUUCACAUUGUACAUAGUUAGCGCGAUCAACUUUAGUUUCCUAUCAAUCUACACCGUAGACAUCUACCCCACAUAUGUCAAAGCGAUGGCUGUGUGCCUGACCUUGAUGGUGGGACGUGGAAGUUCAGCUAUCGGCAUUAAUGUUUUAAAGUCGCUUCUGACUUAUGACUGUGAAUUAGCGUUCUACCUCUUUGGAGGUUUAACAUUAUGCGGUGGCCUCAUAUCGUUUCUUCUACCAACAGACAACAAAAAGCCAAAAACAGUUGAAGACUAACGUUGCAUAUCUCGUGCAUUUUGAAAAUCACAGAAUACACUGAAGUGUGAAAUUGCGGGCCGUGUAUUGUGGGACAAUGACCAGGUCCCAAAUAUUUUUAAUCCAAGAUCUUUUAGUAUCUCCAUCGAUCUCUUAUCCACGAGCAAAUAUUUAUUUAAGACACCUUACAUUCUUAAACAUAUCUUUGUGAUUGUAGUGGAAAUAAAAUUGACAAUCUAUAUUAUAACUGUGUGCAAAUUGAAAAUUUAGAAUAACGAUAAUUUCUUCGAUUUCGGCUUUAACACACUAACCGAAAAUGGUAGGCGUAAUGGCACAGGGCAUAGUAAUUAGUAAAGUUUUAACCGCUGUCGUGUAAGCACUGAGUAUAGACCGCAUAUCGUACCGCAUUUUAUUUACCAUAAUUAGUUAAGGAUCCAGUGUUUGGAGUGGGUCACACCACCGUUAAUGGUCGGUGAUAGUCUUAGGCUGUUUGAUUAUUGGAUUCAUUUUUUAUUAUACUGACACGCGACAGCAGAACCAGCGCAUAUUAUUUCACCGAGGGAGCAUCCUACAUUGUAGGCCCACACUAGAUUGUGUGUCGUCAAAGAUAUUUUUCGUGAUUAUUAAAUAUUUAACUUAAAUAUUUCGUUAGUAUUAAGAAAAUUAUUGUAAAUAAACAUGAAAGUUAAGUUAACCUGGGGUUAAUCGAGACCUGUACACAUCAGAAAAACGGACGAAAUACCUUACCAUUACUUUGUUGUGGAAUAUAUUCGGUUAUCGAUUCCAGGGUCAAAUAACCUAUGCAAUUGCUUCGCAAUCAUUUUAUGUAUUCAUGUAUUUAUUUGCAUUCCAUAACGUUACAAAAGAUGUUUAUGAGGCUUAAAGCUAGGUACAAUAUUAUGGACCCUGUUAGGACACAGCAAAAGAAGGCAUUACGAAACCUAUAUAA